GAAGAUUCCAUAUUCCAAUUGCCGAGAAGAUGCCAGUCGAGAUCACCCACACGGAGCAUGGCAAGGGCCGCGUGCGCCUCCUCAAGGUGACCCGGCGCCCCGAUAUGCAUCUCGUCACGCAGCUCGAGGCCGAGGUGCUCCUGGAAGGUCCCGACCGCGCCUCGUUCGUGACAGGCGACAACGCCGCCGUCUUGCCGACCGACACCGUCAAGAACACGGUUCAUGCGCUGGCGAAGAAGCACGAGUUUGGCUGCAUCGAAGAGUUUGCGCUCAUCUUGGCCAAGCACUUUGUGGUCGCGCACCCGAGCGUCAUCCACAAGACCAAGGUCAAGCUGGUCGAGACGCAGUGGGAUCGCCUCGUCACGAAGGAUUCAAAGGGCCAUGCCCGCCCGCACCACCACGCGUUUGUCCAAGGCGGCACCGAGACGCGCCAUGCAACCGCCACGGCGGAGCUGCGUGCGAAUGGCACGGUCGAUAUGACGCUAGCGUCGGGCUUUACAGGGUUGAAGGUGCUCAAGACAACGCAGAGCAGCUUUGUGGGCUUCCUGAAAGACCAGUACACGACGUUGCCUGAGGUGCCCGACCGCCUCGUGUCGUCGUCCAUCUCGGCGCACUGGGCGUACGCGACGCCCGAGGCGAACGCAGCGACGGCAGCCGCCGUGCGCGCGAUCUUGCUCGACGUGUUUGCAGGUCCGUCGGACGUCGGCGUGGCGAGCCCCGCCGUGCAGUCGACGCUCUUCCAGAUGGGCGAGGCAGUGCUAGCGCGCAUCCCGAGCAUUUGCCGCAUCGAGCUCUACAUGCCCAACAUCCACAACCUCCCGAUCAACCUCGCGCACUUUGGCCUCCCGAACCUCCACCCGCACGGCGAGGUCUUUCUGCCGACGGACGAGCCGCAUGGCAUGAUCCGCGCGACGCUCCAACGGUCGCCAACCUCGCGUCUCUAGCGCGUCGUAGUAGGCGCGUCGGUGGUUGAAUCAGAAUGCAUGUUUUUUCAUCGU